GAAUCGCCAAAAUGGCGGCGCUCGGACGUGGGGUUGGGGCUGACCUGGGAGCUGCAGAAGUGGGGCCUGUGGAAGCCGGAGAAGCGCCCAAGGACAUCAAGAUGCCAACAUACACACAUGGUCAGUCCAGACCUUCUUUAGGAGAUGGAAAACUCAGAAAACCAAUGGUCAUCGAAAUUAUAGAAAAAAAAUUUGACUAUCUUAGAAAAGAAAAGACUUUAAAUAUAUAUGGAACAGUGACCUUUGGAACAACAGCUGGUUUCUCUGGAAUGUUGGCAAAUUUAAUUUUCAGACAUUGCUUCAAGGUUAAACAUGAUGGUUUGAAGACCUAUGCAUCAUUGACUACGCUUCCAUUUUUGUCUACAGUAGUUGCUUAUAAACUUCUUGUAACGGAUGCUUUGUAUUCAGGUAACAUAAGCCGGGAAAAUUGUGUUCUGAGAAGUUCACUGAUUGGCAUAGUGUGUGUUUUAUAUCCCACUGCUUUGGCUUUUUCUAAAAAUGGACGUCUGGCAGUCAAGUAUCAUACUGUUCCACUGCCACCCAAAGGAAGGGUUUUACUCCAUUGGCUGCUGCUUUGUCACACAGAGAUAAAAGCAAUGGUGGUUCCUUUCAUCCUUCAGACAAUCUUUGGAGUAUUGCAUGGUCUACAGCAUUAUGCAAUAUUUGAAAGUACACUUGAGAAAACUGUACAUUAAGAUUAACCAAUAGGAGUUCCUCUUGUGGAUAAGCAGUAACAAACCCAACUAGUAUCCAUGAGGAUACGGGUUCGACCCUUGGCCUCACUUAGUGAAUUAAGGAUCAGCAUCACUGUGGCUGUGGUGUAGGCUGGCAGCAAUAGCUCUGAUUCGACCCUUAGCCUAGGAACUUCCUAAGAAUGAAUGGAUUCUCCAUCAGCAGACUGGACAUUUUUAUGCUAAGGACUCAGGCGUUGCUGAAAGAGUUAAAAGUAGUUCUGGACAGUUUCUGUACCUUUUUUCUGGCAUUCAGCAGGUGUCCAAUAAAUAUUCAGUAGGGAAAUAAAA